UCGUUAAUUGACAUAUUCGGUCGGUCUAAUGGUCAGAUUCUGAUUUAGAGUAGCUUCAAGCCGCAGUGCUACGUUUUUGCUCGCAUAAUGCGCUAUCAUGAAUUAGAUUGUGAUUGCGGUGGACGACAUAGUUUCCUUGGCGUGUGAAAGGGCACGAGGAAAGGAGCGUAUUACGACGCGCUCGCUCGCCACAUCCGUCGUCCUGCGCUCGCUAGCUUUCCGCUUCGUCAGAUCGCAGCAGUAGUGCGCAAAGUGUUUCGCUUGUUGCACAGUUGCCAAGGAGACUAACGUGCGUGCGGGUGUGUGUUCGGCUACCUGCGUGCGUGCGUGUGUGCGUGCGUGGUGUGCUAUGAUAAGAGACCGAUCGCCGUCGUCGGGACGCCGAUUCUAUUGUCGCCCUCGCGUCGCAGAUAACGACGCCGCUUCGAUGCUUCGCAACGACGCAGUCUGAAAGAGCAGCCCUUUAUUAUUAUGGACUACCCGGUGUUGGGCCACUACGAUCCCACUGUAGAGGCCACCGACCACGGUAGCGGUGAGGAAGAACAGGAGCUGCUAUGGGAAGACUGUAAUUAUGUUGUACCUGGAGAUGAGUAUGUACCUGCAACGGAGCAGUUUGGAGAAGAUUUUGCCGGUGCUGAAUUUCAUGAGACUAGAACAUUACUCGCAGAUGGCGGAGAUAGAUUUGGAGUUUCCACUGCCACUUUCGAUACAGUCGAGGAGCUUAUGUGGAUGGGGAAUCAAGGGGGUCACAUAACAUCUUACUAUGGAUCGGGUUUACAAAAAUAUACCUCUUUUCAAGUCCACGCAACGCAAGAGAUACGGCAUAUUCAUCCUGUGGAUGAGGGAAUCUUAGUGUUGACGCAGAGCAUAUUGAGAUGUCAGUUGCGACGAGGCAUACCUAUAUUUACACAUACGUCAGCGAAUAUGAACGACAUGCAGUGCAUGUUGCAGAUCUCUCCAACAAGACUAUUAAUGGGCGGACAUCAGGAUAAAAUAAUUGAUUUUAAUCUUACUAGAGGAAAAGAGAUUGGAUUAGUUGAUGUAGGAGAAAAUGGUUGUGCGAUAUUGAGACAACACAGUAGACUUAUUUGUGCCGGUAAUCCUGCGGGUAGGAUAGAUCUCAGGGACCCAAGCAAAUUAUCAAUAGAACAUACUUUGGACACGCAUAGUGGUUCCUUAAGUGAUUUUGAUGUUCAGGGAAAUUAUCUUGUUACAUGUGGGUUCAGCAACAGUCGUCAGGGCCUUACCGUCGAUCGAUUUUUAAUGGCCUAUGAUCUGAGGCAAAUGAGAGCAUUAAGUCCGGUCACUACUAUGGUAUAUCCUCUUUUAUUGAAGUUCGUACCAAGUUAUUCCACUCGUCUCGCAGUGGUAUCACCGUUAGGCCAAAUGCAGCUACUUGAUACAAUAUAUGCCAGUGUACAACCACCAAUGACAUGUUUAUAUCAGGUUGCCACCGGUGGUGCAGGAAUAUUAUCAUUUGAUGUAGCUUCCACAUCACAGUGUCUUUGCUUUGGAGACUCAGCAGGCUCUAUACAUCUAAUGUCUACGAACAACCCAGAACCUCAAUUUAAUACAUUUUCUAGAGCUACGGAGUUUGCCGAUCCAAUUGAGACAGUACAAUCAAUUCCUUUUGAUGACGAUGUUACACCGUUUAGUACAAUACCAAUUGUAUAUUCUGACCAACCACUGUUAAGUGAUUGGCCAGAAGAGUUCUUAAAAAAGGUUUAUAGAAAAACUCCAGCGAUAGAUGCCGAAAUUUUGCGCACAAUGAAGAUGCAGGGAACAAUAGGAUACGCGCCAAAUCCUCAGGCUUUCCGCAGAAAUCAAAUACCGUACAAUUUGGAAAAACGACGUGGCUUAGUCGCGAAGCCUUUCGCGGGGGACUCACGGUCUAAAACAGAUGACGGCACCUUUGUGGCCAUACCUAAGCGUUACCGUAAAAUUGAGUUGAAAUACUCACGGCUCGGUUACGACGAAUUCGAUUUCGAUCAGUACAAUCGCACCAGCUUCUGCGGCCUGGAGGCCACUCUUCCUAACAGUUAUUGCAAUGCUAUGCUGCAGUUGUUGUUCUAUUGCGAACCUGUAAGGAUAGCAUUGCUCUCGCACUCAUGCCAACGAGAAUUCUGUCUUUCUUGCGAAUUGGGAUUCUUGUUUCACAUGCUGGAUAUAUCACGAGGAUUACCCUGUCAAGCCGCGAAUUUUCUCAGAGCUUUCAGGACUGUGCCCGAAGCUGCGGCUCUGGGACUCAUAUUGAGUGACUUGCAUCCGGAAGCUAAGAAAAAAAUCAGUCUGAUUAGACUCAUACAAAGUUGGAAUAGAUUUAUUCUACAUCAAAUACAUUACGAGAUUCUGGAAACAAGGAAGCGGCAGCAGGAGGAAAAAGAGGCAGCGCGACUUAAAUCGGGCUCCAAGUAUCCUCCAUUCAUUUAUAACGAACAGGAUUUUCCCAGCAUCCUUGAGGAUCUUGGUUCUCGAUAUAGGAGCCACGAGGAAGAGAGGAAAAAAAAGAGAAAACAGGAGGAGGAUGGUAAAUAUAUGUGGAUCACAUCGAAAGACAAGAACACCAAAAAAUCCACCGAAGAGAACGAAGUGCGAGAUGACGAAACAGAGAUCAGUCGUCUAUUUGGAUCAGAACAAAUGCACAUACAUCGCUGUCUCAAAUGUGGGCAAGAAGCUACGAAACAUUCCAUCAUGUUACUCUGUAAUUUAGUUUAUCCGGAAAUAGUCAGUCCUUCUGAAGAGGUACCGUUCACAAGUGUUCUUGCCCGCAGUUUAAGACCUGAGAAAAUUACACCCGCAUGGUGUGACCAUUGCCAGAAAUUUACACCUACUCUCCAGUCUCGACAAUUGACUAAACUACCUCAAAUACUGGCUCUAAACUGCGGCUUAGAUACUCAGCAGGACAAGGCGUUUUGGCAGAAUCAAACAGACAUUGUAGUACAAAAUGUGUUGACGGGGAAGGAGAGCAGUCCUAGUUCCAGUCCUGUGCCUGUCACUGCGAAACCUUGUCGAUACGGCAAUAAUUGCACCCGAGUUGGAUGUCGAUUCAGGCACGUCGGUCGUGAUUCAGAGACGGAAAAAUUAUUAACGUCACCUUCUACUCCAUCUACCUCGUCAACGGCUGCUACACCACCCCCUAGUCAUUUGUAUUAUUCACAUUCCUGGAUACCUCACAACAUAGAGAUCUCCCUCAUGGACAAUGGUGAGAUAUCGGUUCACAAAAUUAGCGAACCGAAAAACGAAUCAAAUAACGACACAUCUGCGCGAGUGAGCACGAUGGAGAACGGCCAAAACGACAAUAAGGUACAAAUCUCCGAGAACGUCGGAGACGGCAAUGUUGAAGAGAGCGUUGAAAAUUGUAACGUAGUAACGAAUGCGGAGGAUGGCGAGACAACAAGUACAAAUCCGGAAAUCUCUAGUAAUACGCAAAAAGUACAAUACGGUUUAACUGCUGUUGUCUGUUACAUCGACGACAAGAAUAACGAGGAACGGAGAAAUAUUGUAACGCUGUUACGAGUCGGACCAUAUUUUCACGAGCGAUCGGCGGGCAACGCUGUCUCGCAGUGGUAUAUUUUCAAUGAUUUUUGCAUAUCGCCGGUGACACCGCAGGAAGCGGUGUGGUUUAAUCUUGAAUGGAAAGUGCCGUGUGUACUUCAUUACACGGCGAUACCCGCGCCCGAACCGGCACCGCUUAUCAGUCCCCUUACGUACGAUGUGUUCGGAGAAGAUAAGUGUAUCGCUCGUAGCGGCGGAACCAGAGGCAUUACGUUUACCCCUUUAUCGUCCGACGAGAUGCCUAAAAAAGGAGAGUUGGUAGGGAUCGAUGCGGAAUUCGUCACCUUAAAUCAGGAAGAAUCCGAGCUACGAAGCGAUGGAAAAAUGUCGACUAUAAAACCGAGUCAUAUGUCAGUUGCGCGAAUCACUUGUAUACGCGGGCAAGGUCCGCUGGAAGGUACACCGUUUAUAGACGAUUACAUAAGUACGCAGGAACAGGUAGUCGACUAUCUGACAAAGUUCAGUGGAAUUCAACCGGGUGAUUUAGACGCGAAUUUUAGCAGCAAACAUCUCACCACUUUGAAAUCGACGUAUCAAAAGCUGAGGUUUUUAGUGGACAAUGGCAUAAUUUUUGUCGGACACGGCCUGAAAAAUGAUUUUAGGGUAAUAAAUUUAGUGGUGCCGCCGGAGCAAAUAGUCGAUACAGUCUUGUUAUUCCACUUACCUCAUCAUCGCAUGGUGUCGCUACGCUUCUUGACUUGGCAUUUUUUGGGUAAAAAGAUCCAGUCUGAAACUCACGAUUCAACCGAGGACGCGCGAGCGGCGUUAGCAUUGUAUCGCAAGUACAAGGAAUUGGAAAGCUCCGGCACACUGAGGGAAAUACUCAAAGAAUUAUACGAAGUGGGCACUCAGUUACAGUGGAAAGUCCCUGACAGCUGAUAUGAGGAUAACACAUACAAGGAUAUAGAUGAUCAAAUCGAUAGUGAUAAUGAUGAUUAGAUGAUACGAAUCUUCACAUGUGUCCAUUUUCCAAUAUCAUUGUUUGAAAGGUAACACUCGGUGGACGAUACUUGCGUUCAUUGAUAAAGUGUCGAUGUUUAGUUCAAUUUUAAAAACAAUCGCACACACAAAAUCAAUCAUUUGCGAAGAAAUAUAUUCAAUACACGCGCAAUAUUAUUAGAUGGAAUCUUAAAUUCGUGACAUGAAUCUGACAGAAUUGCAGAUACAAGAAUUCGUUUUUUAUAUUCAUUUUCGUAUUGUUUUACUCGUGUGUCAGAUUAUUGUUGCAUACGUUUAUCAAACUUGCGGUGUACAUAAACAUAUUAUUCAAAGAUAACACGACAAAUUUUGGUCACUAUCCGUCUUGAUCGCAUAUACAGCUGGUUAGGAAAAUUGAACGAGAAAAUUUUUGAUCGUGAUUUAGCAACACGCUCAAAUUUCUAAACGCGACACCAAACUGUACAUAUUAUCUGAUAAUAUUGGCGUUUUGGGAAGCAGUUACGAUUCCGCACUGCCCGACAGAAUAUCAAUAUUCACUUUAAUUUCCUGUUUCUCGUACAAUAUUUGUAUAUGAAAAGUAACGUAUUCCAUCCCGAUUUAUCAAACAAUCGCCGAGUGUAGACAUAAAUAGUUAUAAUACAGUAAUACCGGUACACCGUAGCAAUAACUGAAUUAUGUAUUUGUAAGUACGUAAUGUCUAAUUUUUUUUUUCUUUUAUACGUAUUUUCUCUAGCGCAUUAACUUUUGUACGAUUUUGCGGAGCGGGAUUUCAAGUAGGUAUUUUAUAAGACAUUUACUUCAUUCCAAUGGAUUUCGGUUUCCUUGAUUGUACAUGCGCAUGCAAUCACCUUCAUGUCAAACUACAUUUAUAAUUAUUCAUUGUCAUUUCUCGAAACUGAUCCAUUUGUGUGAAGCUUUCAAAACGCGAGGAAAAAUAAUCUAUUAACGAAGAUGGUAGCAUAUUUUACAAACCGACAAUUGUACUCAUUAUAGAUUAUUUUUAUAUACAUUUUACCAAUAAAAAUAUGGGGGAUACUGUCCAAAUCUAAAAAAAAAUCACAAGAUUAAUGAAGUAUAUAUUUUUUUAUAUCGGGAGGAAUUUUCUUAUAAUUUGUGCACAAUAUGUAACUUAUACACCGAUUUCAGCGGGAACGAUCAAUGCGGUGAAUAAAUAGCACAGACAUGAUGUUGAUGGUAAUCAAGCAUUUGUUUUAUGCCAGCCGCUGGACAUUGUAAUUUUACAAUAAAUGGUUGUAAAAUUCA